ACGAUAAAAAGUCGAUAGCGAUAGCGAACAUUCUACGCCACGUUGAACUUUACUUUAGCAUGCGAGAUACCGAAAGAAGUUGUUGCAACACUUGAUAUAUUGAUAUUAUUGUAUCUUUCGUAAUAUAAGGCGGAAGAAACAGUAUAGAUAUGUAAAGAAUCUUCAAUUUAGUUCUCCAUUCUAAAAAGUUGAAAUGGCAGGAGGAGUAAACAACGAAGCUUUCGUGAGUCUUGCAACGAACAAUGGUUAUGCACUUGGUGCACUAGUUCUUGGCCAUUCUUUGAGAUCUGUUAACACGAACCGGCAGUUGGCUCUCAUGAUCACUCAGAGCGUCGAUCCUCAAGUCCGACAAGAAUUGCUUGGUAUCUGGGACCGUUUAAUAGUGGUGGAUAUUCUUGAUAGUGAAGAUAGUGCCAACUUGGCUUUACUUCAAAGACCUGAUCUUGGAGUCACAUUCACCAAAUUACAUUCGUGGAAAUUAGUUGAAUAUACAAAAUGUGUUUUUCUUGAUGCCGAUACAAUGGUAUUACAGAAUGUUGAUGAUCUUUUCAACAGACCAGAAAUCUCAGCUGCUCCUGAUACUGGAUGGCCUGAUUGUUUUAAUUCAGGUGUUUUUGUUUUUGUUCCAUCAUUACAAACACAUAAUGAUCUCAUUGCUCAUGCAUUAGCAGUUGGAAGUUUUGAUGGAGGAGAUCAAGGUCUUCUAAAUUCAUUUUUUAACAACUGGCUGCAUCUUGGACCUGAUCAUCGCUUACCUUUUGUCUAUAAUCUUCAUUCCAACUCCUUUUACACCUAUUCACCUGCCUUUAAAAGGUUUGGUGAUGAUGUGAAGAUAAUUCAUUUUAUUGGUCGUAAGAAACCAUGGCAAUACACUAUCAAUUUGGAAACUGGUAGAGUCAUUUAUGACCAUGGUAUUAUUUCAGUGACGUCUUCAGAACAUUUUAUUCAAAAAUGGUGGGAUUUGUACAACGAAAUUGCUGAACAUCGAAUAACAUCCCACGAAAUCAACCAGAUUACAAGCGGUAUCGGUAAUCUUCAAUUUCGUAGUACCGCUGGAGAAUCACAAGACCAUGGGGUUUCGCCAUCACAAGAUACGUCAGGGCGAUGGCGGUGGGAGUAUGGUCAAAUAGACUAUGGUGGUGUUGACAGCUUUGCAAACAUUCAACGAAGAUUGGACGAAACACUUUCGAAUGGGUGAUAAUGCGUGAUAAUAUUUAACACUUAUUUACUGCGAACGAAGGAAACAUUUUGUUUUGUGGACCCGAGACCUGCCUAUAUCGAUGGUCAAGGGUCCACAAAACAUAAUAUUUUCUGAGUUCUCGGUAAAUAAGUUUUUUAUUAUAUACCACUUGUCAAAGAAAAACCAAACUACAAGGUAAACUACGAAAUAUCUGUUCAUAAAAGACAUAAUUUCAAAUGGAUAAACAGUCUAAAGGUAGUACGUCCAGGUGCGCCGCGCGUGAUUAAAGUUGUUAUUUCCCAUGGGAAAUAACAUGUUAUCUCACUCUGCAGGGGUUGCGAGGGUGACAUCAAAAUUUCGCCACUCUCGCAUGAUUCGCUCUCGACCAAUGAAACGCUACGAACACCAAACUUUAACAAGUGGUAUAUAAUAUUUUAGUUUGCCUCCACGUGAAAUAACUAGGAACAGACAAUUCACGAGAUGAUCCAUUCUGGUAAUCAACUUAGCAUAGUACGAAUAAUUUUUUUAUUAAAAGCAGUGAAUCUUAA